AUGCUCGUAGCUGUGGUGAUCUUCGCUCUGAUCCCGCUUGCCGCUCUGGGCAUGAAGGCGGUAGCUAUAGAGGCGCUACGGCAGUUCAACGGACGUUGCGAGAGUCCGACCCCUACUCCGGCGGACUGCAAGAAGGAGAUGGAGACUUCCUGGAAGGAUUUGGAGGCCGCCUACCCCUGGGUGCGCUUCGCUCGUCAGCGGAAGUACCUAGGCGAUAACCUGGAAGAUGCUCAGGCUUGGAUCAAGCUGCAGCUUUGCCUCGACAGACUUGUCCAGGAGCCACUGGAGGCGAUCGAUACUAAUGAAGGCUGA